AUGUUCGGACUCUUACAACCUUCUGGUCAAUCCAGCUCUUCCGGUAACCUCCCUUUUCACUCACCUCCAGUUCACAAGGUCCCAUCACCCAAAUCCCAGACGUCUCAACACGUCAGCAAUCAUCGUAAGCGGUCUUCAGCCGCUUCGACAGUCCAACAUCAACAUUCAUCACCGAUCAACCUUCCUAAAUAUUCCCCCAUGACUCGACCAAUACGAGACGAACGACGUCUUGCUCCUCUUCCUCCCCUCUCACAUACCUCUCAGCCAGGUCUCAGCUUGACUUGCCUUGCAGAUGCCGCAUUGGCUGAUGCAAGGGGUCCUACUUCACUUCCCUCUCCUCAUCCCAAAGCACCAUUCAAUCUUCCUCCCAUAUCAUCCCUUAUCGCUCCCCUGCCUACUCCUCCGGUGGCAAAACCAGAUUCCUCAUGGUCAACUACGGCUACCACACCGUACUUGACUUCUUCAGGGUCAUCUAGUCUUGUUGCCAUGCACACACCACCGAUUUCAAGAUCUCACUCUUGCAAUGCAAACCCGGCCGGGGGAACUGAUCAACCGGUAAGCGGUCGGUCAACUACAGCAGGUGAUCCAUCAAGUGCACACAUAACUGGACAAGGACCCUUUCCCCCUCCUCCCCUUUCCCAACGACCACUGAAAAGGGAAAAACAGAGAAAGCAAUCGCAAUCUCAAGCUCGAGCCACUUCCUCCGCGGUCCAAUUGGAAUAUAACGUUCGACCGUAUAAUCGCAUGACCGCUUCGACAUCUUCAGCAGCGGCACCGUCUAGACAACCUUCGACGGUUCAUGCACCCACUCGAACCCAGCCGUCGCGUUCAUCCAGUUCAAAAUUACCUCAUCCUUUACAUGGUUUGACUUUGGACAAAACGUAUCCUGAGAGAAAAGUGGAAGAUUGGCAUAACGAUGCUCAAAACCUUCUUCGCCCUCCUCUACCUCCACCAAACCCAAUCCCUACAACAUCGUUAAAUCGCCAUUCCGUUGCUCAAUCGCUCAAUCCACCACCACCACCUCAUAGUCUUACUCCGACGACAACCAAGAAGAUUCAUCCUCCCGUCGAAUCAUGGGAAAAUUAUACUCUUCCGCAAAUGCCAGGUGGACAACCAUGCUUACCUCAAACCCAACCUACGCCACUCCCGAUCUAUCCUCAUCGGUCGGCCAGAAGACAACAAUCUUCUUCCUCAUUCAGUGGUACGAGCUGGAGCAACACUGACAAUACCAAUGCACAUACACUUAACCCUGAUCCACUUCAAGCCAAAUCGUAUGUGUUCGUUUCAGAAAAUCCAGAAGUGUUCACUCGAUCGAGACAUAGAGCUCCUCCUAUUUCGACCGAUAUCAGACCAGCUCCUUAUGCUAUGCAAAGGAGUCAGUCUGCGUAUACCACCCAAUAUAGCCACUCUAAACGUUCUUUCCCUAAGACUAUUAGUGAACCUAAUUCACCUAAAGGGAAGAAUGAGAUCAAUGGUCAUGGUCAGAUCGGAAGUAGUUUACCUACUCCCAUCACUGCCUCUAUGGACACUUGGUGGUAUACAUCUCAGCUGGAAGUACCUCCUUCAUCUGCUUAUCAACCUGAAGUACUGUCCUUACCCCAAGUGCAAACUCUCACUCCGCCUUUGCCGGGAGCUAUCCCAGCUCAGAGGACCACCCCUAUCGUACCUAUGGAAAUCGAUCGUCAAUCCACUUCACCGAGCUUACCCCCUACCAGAGACAUCACCCCUAUCGACCAGGAGAUGCGAAAUAAUACACUCUCUCCCCCUCCCAACACUCGUGCUGAGUCGUCCUGUGGAUCUUUCAGACCUCCGGAGAGUAACGGACAGCCAGAGCUGGAAGCUGGUGAAUCAUCUUAUUCGGAAUCCGAUUCUGAGCCAGUAUCAGAGGACAAUCAAGAUCAAAGCGGUGGUAAGGGUCACGAUAGAGAUGGGCAAAUACAAGUAAGAUCUCAUGGUGAUGAUGGUGAUGAAGGGGAAGGUGAGGAUGAAUCGUAUUCGAAUUUCGGUAGAAGUUCAAUACCCAAUGGUACUUCUGCGCCCUCAUCAAAUUCGAGUAUAAGAGCAAGAUCGAGCUCGCAUUCCACCCAUACGAGCGAGAUGAUCAAAUAUGAACAUUCAUCUUCGGGUUCUUCGUCACCUAUCUCAACUAGCGGAUCUACAUCUUGUUUCUCUCCUGGGAAGACUGUCAGUAAGAAAUCUCGUACGAAAACCAAGAAGGUGAAGAAAAGCGAUACCACAGCUAAGGGCAAAGGAAAAGGGAAAGGUAGAUCAAAGAAUAAUGGAUCGACGUCUACGUCUGUCUCUGCGAGUACAACUGUCAACGGACAGAGAAGGAAUGGAGAGAGAAGGAGAGAGCAAAAUGCUGUUGCGCAAAAGAAAUUUAGAUGGAAGAAGAAACAAAUGGCCGCUAAGAUGGAAGCAGAUCUAGAAUCUGCUACAGCCUUAGCUUCAUCCCUUCAGAAACAAGUGGCUGAGAAAGAUCAAUUGGUAGAUAAGUUGAAAGGUGAAGUAGGAAGUCUGAAAAGGAAAUUGAAAACUCUUGAAGCAUGA